CUCCGCUAUAAAUACAAACGACGAAUGUCCCACUCACGAAUAACAGGUGAGAGGCCAGUCGUCCAGCACGGCCCACGACGGCAGCAGCCACAGGGAGGAGCUCGAAUAGAGUCGUCUGUCUGUCUGCCCCGUGGUGUAUACUUGGUUCAACAUUCGCCUCAGAUAACUCAGCUUCCUCAUCUCCAAAAUGUGUGACGAAGACGCCACUGCGCUGGUCUGCGACAACGGCUCCGGCCUCUGCAAGGCUGGCUUCGCCGGCGACGACGCUCCUAGGGCCGUGUUCCCUUCCAUCGUCGGCCGCCCUCGUCACCAGGGUGUGAUGGUCGGCAUGGGUCAGAAGGACGCCUACGUCGGGGACGAGGCCCAGAGCAAGCGAGGUAUCCUGACUCUCAAGUACCCCAUCGAGCACGGCAUCAUCACCAACUGGGACGACAUGGAGAAGAUUUGGCACCACACCUUCUACAACGAGCUCCGCGUCGCCCCUGAGGAGUCUCCAACACUACUGACGGAAGCACCUCUCAACCCCAAGGCCAACCGUGAGAAGAUGACCCAGAUCAUGUUUGAGACAUUCAGCUGCCCCGCCAUGUACGUGGCCAUCCAGGCCGUGCUGUCCCUGUACGCCUCAGGCCGUACCACUGGUAUCGUGCUGGACUCUGGCGACGGUGUAUCACACACUGUCCCCAUCUAUGAAGGUUAUGCUCUCCCACACGCCAUCAUGCGUCUUGACUUGGCUGGUCGUGACCUGACUGACUACCUCAUGAAAAUUCUGACAGAGCGUGGGUAUUCUUUCACAACCACUGCUGAACGUGAAAUCGUUCGUGAUAUCAAGGAGAAACUUUGCUAUGUCGCUCUUGACUUUGAGAACGAAAUGGCACAAGCUGCUGCUUCGACUUCCCUGGACAAGUCCUACGAGCUCCCCGACGGUCAGGUCAUCACCAUCGGCAACGAGCGUUUCCGUGCACCCGAGGCUCUCUUUCAGCCUUCCUUCCUGGGCAUGGAGUCUGUGGGUGUCCACGAGACGGUGCACACGUCCAUCAUGAGGUGCGACAUUGAUAUCAGGAAGGACUUGUUCGCCAACACCGUCAUGUCUGGUGGCACCACCAUGUACCCUGGUAUUGCUGACCGUAUGCAGAAGGAAAUCACGUCCCUGGCUCCCUCGACUAUCAAGAUCAAGAUCAUUGCUCCUCCUGAGCGCAAAUACUCCGUUUGGAUCGGUGGUUCCAUCCUGGCCUCUCUCUCCACCUUCCAGGCCAUGUGGGUGACGAAGGAAGAAUACGAUGAAUCUGGUCCCGGAAUUGUCCAUCGCAAAUGUUUCUAAAUGAGUUCACAUCAUCACAUAUCAUCUAACUGAAAAACUCAAAGUUAACCACAUAUUGUUGUUAACUUGAUGUUUACUUCUUGUUUAUUGUUUUUGUUCACACUCUUCAUGUUCGAUUUAUCAGAUGUAUGAAUAAAUAAGAAAUCAAAACAAGAAUGGCAUCUGUUUCUUGCUGAAAGGAUACAUUGUCAAAUUUAUUAAUUAAUACUCUCUCUCUCUCUCUCUCUCUCUCUCUCUCUCUCUCUCUCUCUCUCUCUCUCUCUCUCUCUCUCUCUCUCUCUCUCUCUCUCUCUCUCUCCACACACACCGCUCCGGUAGCAAGGUGGUAAAGCUCAGGGCUGCUAGGCUUCGCGGCCUGGCAGGCGGAGGUUCGAGCCCCGCUCAGGACGGGAUUGUUCCACUGACUAGGAGCGGUUAGUCCUCCCUUGAGCAAAGGGAAUGGGGUGUGUGGUAUGUGAAGGUCCCAGCUGUACCCAGAGAUCGACUAAUUAGCCUUGCUCUAAUCGGGAUGGUACCCUAUUGCUGGCGAUGAAUAGUCCAGUUCGUGAUCAGGCCGUGGAUGAAUUACACACACACACACACACACACA